AUGUUCGGCAGCAUCCCUGACCUCCUCCUACAAGAUGCCAUCUUUGCAUUUCACUUGCAAUGGAACAAGUUGCUGGAACAAAACCUGGCUCAUGUUGGACCGGUGGCCCGGCAGGCGCGCGGAAAGGUCGGACAGGCCAGGCCUAGUUUGGCGCUCGGCUCCCGCGGAGGAGGCGGUGGGGGAGAGAAACGAGGGGAAGACGGAGGAGUUUGGACUUCACCAGCCACCGGAGAAAAUGCUCGGAAAAGAAUCCUGUGUCCUUUAGAUCCAAAACACACAGUAUAUGAAGAUCAACUAGCAAAGCAUUUGAAAAAAUGUAAUGCAAGAGAGAAGCCAAAACCUGACUUCUUUAUUCAAGAUAUUAAUGCAGGCUUAAAAGAUGAAACAGAAAUACCUGAACAGUUAGUUCCAGUUUCUUUUCUAUCUGAAGAGCAGUUGGAAAACUUAAUUGAGAAAUUGAGAAAAGCAAGUGAAGGUUUGAACUCUUCACUUAAAGAUCAAAUCAUGUCACAUCCAGCAUUGAAUGAUGCCCUUCGUGACCCUAAAAAUGGUGAUUCUGCAACCAAGCACCUGAAACAACUUAACACUGAAAAAUUAAAGUUACUUGGUCCAAGAAGAUGCUAUGUUGAGUUUGGAGCAGGAAAGGGAAAAUUAUCACAUUGGAUUGAUAUUGCCUUAAAAGACGCUGAAAAUGUUCACUUCAUCCUAGUAGAAAAGGUGACCACAAGAUUCAAGGUAGACGGUAAACACAGGAAGAAAAAUUCAGUGUUUAAAAGACUUCAAAUAGAUAUUCAACACUUGUGUUUGAACAAGAUUCCUGUGCUAAUAGAAGAAAAACUACCUGUGGUAGGAAUCGGAAAGCAUUUGUGUGGUGUGGCAACAGAUCUUGCAUUACGAUGUUUGGUUGAAACCUAUGCUGCCAGUUGUGAGGAAAGGAAUGAAGAACCUUUAGCCAAACGCAUAAAGAAUGAUAAAACAGAAACAGAAAUUAACACUUUGACCAAGGAAGGAAAUGAAAAAAACGUUCCAGAGAAGUGGACCCCUGUGGCUGGCAUUGUUAUUGCACUCUGUUGUCACCACAGGUGUGAUUGGAGACAUUAUGUGGGCAAAGAAUAUUUCAGGGCUCUAGGCCUUGGAGCAGUGGAAUUCCAUUAUUUCCAGCGAAUGAGUAGUUGGGCAACCUGUGGAAUGCGGAAGACAUCUUUGGAAGCUUCAAAUAUUACCACAAAGAAAAAAGAUAAUCAGAAUGUUGAUAGUGAAGAACAUGAUGAUGGUGGAUUCAAACUCACAGAUAAUAGCGCUGAGGGUUUGCCUGGGUUUCUUACUGUUGAAGAAAAGAAGAAAAUAGGGCAUCUUUGUAAAUUGCUGAUUGACCAAGGCCGAAUCCAGUAUUUACAGCAGAAGGGAUUCAGCUCUGCUUUACAGUACUAUACAGAUCCUCUGGUGUCUUUGGAAAAUAGACCAGAAUUGGAUGGAAAAGACAAGAUGAAUGAGAAAUCCAUGAGGGAAUAG